UUUUAGGUUGUACGUGUGUGGUGUAUGGUGUGCGAAACUAAUACUAAUGUAUGUUGAUGUCGGCCAUCUUUUACUUUGAUAAUAAUAUUACACAUUAAUACAUUACACACUUACACACUGACACUUGUAAGCUUUGUGUACAUGUGUUGUCAUCGUUAUUUCUUGUUAGUACGCUAUUAGGCACUGAACGCUAUUCGUUGUUGUUUAUUGUAUCUACUAGCGUCUAAACUAGUUAAUACUUGAUUCUGUUUACGUAUAUCUAUUAUCGCGUCGCAUUAAACAAAUUUUAAUUCUGCAAUAUUGUUGUAUAGCGUUAUAGCUGAAUUAACUUGUCAGUCAUAAGUGUUACACUGAAUCCAGCACCAGAAACGAAAACCACACUAGACUUCAGAACGUCAACAAACGUAGUGAGAAUGUCGUCGAACAUCAACAAAAUGCCAAGUGCAGAACCAUCCACCUCGAAGACAACAAACGUAGCUACCAGUUCCACGGAUAAAGUCAUUAGUAUUGACUGCCAACACCAGAGCAUGUCUGUGGCUGUUCCAAAGGCUGAUGCGUCGGAGGUGGUCGAAAAAAAGUAUUCGGCCACUCUCCAAGAGUACAUCCGUCUGCGUGUCAUCACUGCUGAUAUGUCUAACGAAGUACACUUUCGUGUAAAAGCCGCCACAGCCUUGCUUCGCCUGAAACGUUCAUACUGCAACAAGUUGGGUUUUCAAGUGAAUGAGUUACGUUUUGUGUUUGAUGGCCAUCGAAUAACUGACGAAGAUACUCCAAAAUCAUUAGGCAUGAUGAACGAUGAUGUAAUUGAAAUAUACCAAGAGAGGAUCGGUGGUAUGUGAUGCAAACAUAAAAAAUUAAUUAUGUUUUUAAUUUAAAAUCCAUGGGUUUCUUACUGAAGUAUCUUAAAAAUUAAUUCUUAUCUCAAGGUAAAUAUAUAUUUUACAAACAAUAUAAUAAUAUGUUA